AAAAAGUGAUUAAAAUGUGUUGGUUGGGACUUGGGAGCACAUAUCUUGGUGCAGACAAAUCUCCUUCACCGUCCUUCACUUUAUGCAUAUCUUCAUCCCAAAAAAGUCGAAAAAUCCGUUCAAUUUCACUGUUUUCGUUCCCCAUGUAACACAGCAGAAUCUUCUGCUCAAGACAAAAGAAAAAACAAGCUCGAAAGAUUCUUUUUUCCUUCAGGGCCGAGAGGGUUGAAAUACAAGGAUACGUUAUGAAUAUUUUGUAGUUGAUAAGAUGCUUGGGCAUUGCAAAAUAUUGUCAGUUGCUGUGAGUUAUGUAUGCUAUAUCCCCUGCGAUUCACACUGAAGAGAUGGGUUAUGCUAUGAGUAGACUGGAGAUUGAUUCCGACGUCUCCGACGAUGGAAGUGCCAUUUUUGAAGAUUGUACUAGUCAACCGACCAAAAAACCCUUGAACUAUUUAGACAAUGAGAUUUCUCAGCUCACAAAGUUGAAGUCGACGCCUCAUCAAUUGCUAGGCCAAGUUGGACCCGGAAGGCCUGAGUUGCCUGUUUCACCUGUAAAGUUGCUUGCAGGUCGGGAAUCCAAUUAUUCAGGGCGAGGAAGGUUUUCGUCGGCCGACUGUUGUCAUCUUUUAAGCAGAUAUUUGCCAGUAAAUGGUCCCUCACUUAUUGACCAGAUGGCAAGUCGAGCAUAUGUCUCGCAGUUUUCAGCCGAUGGUUCUCUCUUUGUCGCUGGGUUUCAGGGAAGCCACAUAAGAAUAUACAAUGUGGAUGAAGGUUGGAAAGUUAAGAAGAAUAUUCUAGCCAAAAGUUUGAGAUGGACAAUAACUGAUACAUCUCUUUCUCCUGAUCAACGCUAUCUUGUUUAUGCCAGCAUGUCACCUAUCGUACACAUUGUAAAUAUUGGAUCUUCUGAAACAGAGUCUCUAGCAAAUGUUACGGAAAUCCAUGAUGGUUUGGAUCUUUCUUCAAGUGAUGAUGGAGGUUACUCUGUUGGGAUAUUCACUGUUAAAUUCUCAACAGAUGGGAGAGAAUUAGUUGCAGGAAGCAGUGGUGAUUCUAUAUAUGUUUAUGAUCUUGAAGCAAAUAAGCUUUCACUUCGAAUUUUAGCUCACACGUCAGAUGUGAACACCGUAUGCUUUGCUGAUGAAGCUAGCCAUCUUAUUUACUCCGGUAGUGAUGAUACUUUUUGCAAGGUAUGGGAUCGGCGUUGCUUAAAUUCUAGAGGUAAGCCCGCAGGGGUCCUCAUGGGCCACCUCGAGGGGAUCACAUUUAUCGAUAGCCGUGGGGAUGGGCGUUAUUUCAUUUCAAAUGGUAAAGAUCAGACCAUCAAACUUUGGGAUAUACGCAAAAUGUCAUCCAAUGUUACGUGCAAUCCUGGCUAUAGGAGUUAUGAAUGGGAUUAUAGGUGGAUGGAUUACCCACCUCAAGCCAAAAAUUUGAAGCACCCUUGUGAUCAGUCUGUGGCUACAUAUAGAGGCCAUUCAGUCUUGCGCACUCUUAUCCGCUGCUAUUUCUCCCCAGCAUUUAGCACUGGCCAAAAGUACAUCUAUACUGGAUCACACAAUGCAUGUGUUUACAUAUAUGAUUUGGUUAGCGGAGCUCAAGUUGCAACACUAAAGCAUCAUAAAUCACCUGUAAGAGAUUGUAGUUGGCAUCCAUUCCAAACUACACUUGUUAGCUCUUCUUGGGACGGUGAUGUUGUCAAAUGGGGAUUUGAUGGCAGUGCUGAAGUACCUCCCCUCUCCGCGAAAAGGAGGGCCUCCAGAAGGAGAAAUUCUUAGGUGCUUCCGAAAUGCAUCGCGCGCCAUGUUUAUUGGUUGUAACCAAACUCACGCGGUGCUUCAUGAGUAUCGAAAAAUCUCAUCAUCCAGGAGAAACUUCUAAGAAGAUUAACUAUGAUGUCCAUCAAAUGAACUAUCAAAUAAUCUGAGAGAUCUAUGUUGAAGAAGAUAUUUUGUUAGCAUAAUAAGGUGCAACAUGUAAGUAGCACAAGAUCUUGUACAUAAAUAGCCACUGGUAUGACAUGGAGGUUGAUUCUUUGAUAAGCUGUCUGUGCAUGUAAUAAAUUUUAUGUGUAAUUAUAAUAAUUGUUGUCUCGUUACUUUUGUAGUGAAUCUAGUCGUUGCUUUUGUGUUUUUCCUUAAA